AUGCCCAACGUCCCACCCACCGGAUACACGCAGUGCACCGUCCCACUACUCACCAUGCAGCAGGUCGCGCACCUAACCCAGGGGCUCCUAAAUAGAAUUCCACUCAUCUGCCGUUACACAACCAUCUUUAUAAACACCCUCCAUCUCAACACCGCAGCCCAGAAGACAAAGGAUUCCUCAGCAUCCCCUACCACAUACACUCCUCUAAAGAAAGCCUACCCCACCCCAACCCAACACAAAAACAAAAACCCAAAUGUCCGAUACCCCACCCCCCCAUACACACGCUUUGCCGCCACCCCCAUAUCCCCACAGGACCUCGCCGCCGCCGAAUCCGAGCUCCACCGCAUCAACAAAGAACUCGAAAGUACCGCCGACCCGGAGGCAUACGUCGAGAGCAAGAAGGAGGUGAUUGACCAGUGCCUGAGCGUCGCCUGCCACCAUGAACACGCUGCGAUUAUCAGGCGGCGAGGCCGGGAGGAGGUUCUUCCAACGCGGUACGAGUGGAUGUGCAAGUACCUGCAGCAGCGCAAGGAUCGGAUGCAGGAGAAGAUAAGAAGGGGUGUGAAUGGGGUUGUGACGGGGGAUUUGCUUCGGUAUGUGUAUUAUGCGCGUUGA